AAAGAAUGGGAAAUAAAACAAAAAGAGGCAAAAAAGUGAGCGGAGUGGUUAUAAUUUUGGAAUAGACGAUCUCUGCGUCCGUGGGCGACCGUGGUGGUGCGUUUGGGUAACUCCGCCAGGAUGGACGAUGUGUCGCCGGGACCCACCAUAUCAUGUGUCGCCAAUGUGGAGGUCCCAUUGCGUCCCAUGUGCCACGCUGAGCCGGAAGGAGAGGAGGAAUCCAUGGUGGGAAAUGGCGGAAUGCUGACCUUCAACCAAACGCACAUGAGGAAAGCAUUCCGGCUCAUGAAUGACCUCAGAGGGAAGAAGAUGCUGUGUGAUGUCCAGCUGGUCGCAGGAAGCGUGAUGGUGGCGGCACACCGGGUGGUCCUGGCAGCCUCCAGCCCCUACUUCUGUGCCAUGUUCACAGGUGACAUGAGUGAAAGCAAGGCCCAGCAGGUGGAGAUUGGCGAGGUGGACGGCCCCACGCUCACCAUGCUGGUGGACUACAUCUACACGGCUCAGAUAGAAGUCACUGAGGACAAUGUACAGGUUCUGCUUCCAGCUGCCAGUCUUCUGCAGCUGAUGGACGUGCGUCAGGCAUGCUGUGAUUUUCUGCAGUCUCAGCUCCAUCCUUCUAACUGCUUGGGUAUCCGAGCCUUCGCAGACGUGCACACGUGCGUGCAGCUCGUCGGACAGGCUCAUGCAUAUGCUGAGCAGCAUUUCUCAGAGGUGGUCCAGUGUGAGGAGUUUGCGUCUCUGUCGCUGCAGCAGGUCUGCAGCCUUUUCUCCAGCGACAAGCUCACUGUGUCCACAGAGGAGAAGGUGUUUGAGGCGAUGAUCUGGUGGAUCAAACAGGACAAAGACUCCCGUGUGGAGCACAUGCCCAAACUGAUGGAGCACGUCCGCUUGCCGCUGCUGUCCAGAGACUACCUGGUUCAGAUAGUAGAAGAAGAGGCGCUGAUCAAGAACAACAACACCUGCAAGGAUUUCCUCAUUGAGGCCAUGAAGUACCACCUACUUCCCGCUGACCAGAGACACCUCAUCAAGACGGACAGGACGCGACCACGCACGCCUGUCAGCAUACCCAAGGUUAUGAUGGUGGUUGGCGGCCAGGCCCCCAAAGCCAUCCGCAGUGUGGAAUGUUACGACAUCCAAGAAGAUCGAUGGUACCAAGUCGCCGAGCUGCCGUCAAGACGCUGCAGAGCAGGCGUGGUAUCGCUAGCAGGUCGAGUGUACGCUGUGGGCGGCUUCAACAGUUCUCUGCGUGAAAGGACCGUGGACGUGUACGAUGGCUCCAGGGAUCAGUGGAGCCCCGUGGCCAGCAUGCAGGAGAGACGCAGCACGCUCGGGGCGGCCAUGUUGGGGGGGCUGCUCUACGCCGUGGGAGGCUUUAACGGCAGCAUAGGUUUGUCCACGGUGGAAGUGUUCAAUCCAAAAAGUAAUGAAUGGACAUACGUGAUGUCCAUGAACACGCGGCGUAGCAGCGUUGGCGUUGGUGUGAUUGACGGUAAAUUGUACUCGGUCGGGGGCUACGAUGGAGCGUCUCGCCAGUGUCUCAGCACAGUGGAGGAAUACGACCCCGUCUCUGAUCAGUGGAGCUACGUUGCUGAUAUGAGCACACGGCGCAGUGGAGCAGGUGUGGGAGUUUUGGGGGGGCAGCUGUAUGCGGCCGGCGGCCAUGACGGACCUUUAGUGAGGAAGAGCGUGGAGGUAUAUGACCCGUCCAACAACACGUGGAGACCCGUGUGUGACAUGAACAUGUGCCGUCGCAAUGCCGGUGUGUGCGCAAUCAAUGGUCUGCUCUAUGUGAUUGGAGGCGACGACGGCUCGUGCAACCUUUCCUCCGUGGAGUUCUAUGACCCAGCCGUAGACAAAUGGAGCCUCAUUCCCACCAACAUGAGCAACGGUCGCAGCUACGCCGGAGUCGCAGUCAUUGACAAACCUUUUUGAGAGUGGCAAAAUGGCGGACGUUUGACGCCGUUGAAAAGCGCCGGUGAGAAGCGCCGGUCCAGCCGUUGCUGCUUAAAAGGAGCCAGUUGGGUUCCAUCCUGGAAGUGUAUUGGACCCGGAUUGAGUUGCUGUUUACAUUGUGGAGGAUGCUCCAGAUAAAAACAGAAACAACAAACAGAUGCACUUUGGUGUGAAGUACACUUUUACUCUCAGGCUCUCAGGACGGACGACACAGACGGUGCCAUUGUACCACCAGCAACAACACUUACACUCCUAUUCAUGUGGACAACACACUUAAAAAACGUGUGAAAAUGUAUUUUGAAUAUUCAAAAGAUGUUUUUU